CCUGAACCGGUGCUAACUGUGCAGUUGACACAUUUUGUAGCUGUCGAUGCGCCGGAUGGAAGAAGUCCAUGCAGUCGGUGCGUCUUGUGAUGCGUUUUGUGUGUGAACUCAAAGUGAAUGGUUUUUUGUGGGCCGGUGACAACAUCCGCACGACGGAACACGCGCUUUAAUUAGGUGAGUGACACUAACAAAUUGUCACAAAGAUCCACGAACAAUCGGGAUAUGCGCGAUACUGCCCUGUACAAAGGGUAGAUAGAAACCGCAACCACACGGCCACACUCUGGAGCGAUGGAACGUCCGCAGUCCUGAGGAGGAACCAGUGUUCCUCCAGCAUUUUUUCCGGUUCGGAGACACGUCAGCCAUAACGCAACAGUUGCUUCUGGCGCAGCAGGCUCUUCAGGACCCCACACUGGAGCGCCUCGAGCGUCGGCAUCCACCUUACCACCAAAGGCGGGCGAUGUCCCCGAACCAUCGCCCAUCACCUCCGCCUUUGCCCACCUCAGCAUUCCACCCUACUAGGUUACCUAGAAUGUCUCCGCAUCAAAAACACCCUUUGAACUUCAUCAAGCUGCCCGCUAGCACCACUGAAGCGCCUACAUCACCACCUAGUGCACCCAUCAAUACCUCGCCUUUGAACCGGCUACAAAGCAUGCAACCUUUUGACUACAGAAAGCUGGGUGCUAGCCUGGGCGGGUUUCCAACACCCGAACGCAACCGCAAUGAACCAAUGGGACUAAAUCUCAGUCGAACUACCUCAAUGCAGAGCUGUUUACCUCCUCCGCCUCCUCCUCCAUUAACGCACUCUGCAGCUGCAAUGGUGAACUCUUUGGCAGCUGCUAGCUUAGUCGCUUCUUCAUUUCCUGGGCUAAUGUCUACGACGAUGUCUACUGGUAGCAAGUCUCCUUCCAGUGCAGAUGUUACUAGCGGUACGACAAAUAGCGACGAAGACGAUGCUGAUGAAAAUUCGCAUAGUGUUCUCAAUCUGAGUAGGGAUGGAGAUGCUCUAAAAGCUCCAAGACAAAGCAGGAUGAUGCCUGGGAGGAAACCGUCCACACCAACCAAGCGACAGUGGGGUUCGCCUGGUUUACCUCUCAAUCUUGGCACGCAGUUCAUCAACCCAGCUACGGGGAAGAAACGGGUUCAGUGCAACGUCUGUCUAAAAACGUUCUGUGACAAAGGUGCUCUGAAGAUUCACUUUUCUGCUGUUCAUCUUCGAGAAAUGCACAAGUGUACAGUAGAAGGCUGCAAUAUGAUGUUCAGCUCCCGACGAUCCAGGAAUCGGCAUAGCGCCAACCCCAAUCCAAAACUGCAUUCGCCUCAUCUCAGGAGGAAAAUAUCUCCGCACGAUGGUAGAAGUGCUCAAUCACACCCGAUCCUUAUUCCUCCUCAGCCUGGGCUCACUCUUCCUGCAGCAGCUGCUCUAAAUCCUUUGAAUCCAUUUGGACCAUUCCCGCUACUCACUCCUCCACCAGAUAUGAAGUAUCAUUCCCUUGCCACCAUGGACUUUAAGCAAACGUUAGACCUCAGCAUGCAAAGGUUAAAAGAAAGCAGUAGGCCUCCACUCCAAGACUUCAGCGGUACAAUGUUAAGUACAAACCUACAACAGUCAGAGGAUGAUGACGAAGACGAUGAUGGAAUUGUAGUAGUUGGCGGUGAGGAUGAUGAAGACCAAGUUCCAAGUGGACAUAUGAAUGGAGAAAUGAUAUCGGAUGAACCUGAAGACUUCAGCAUGCCAGCGAAAAAGCAGAAAAUGUCGGUGUCAGAUGUCGAAGAGGAACCAGAAGAACACGUUGAUACGACAAGUAACGUCGCUGAAUCAUGUGAAGUACCCGAUGUAGCACCAAGCAAAACACCUGAAGUGAAAGAACCUUCUACUAAUACUGCGGAAGAUGCUGUGAGUAAUGCUGAUAGUAACGAAGAUUCUCUGAGUGUUGUAGACACGCAUAGCUUGAAAGAUGAACCUAGCGCUCCAACCAACAAGCGAAAGAGAAAAAGUCAAAAUCCCACCAAAUGUGCGGUAGUAACCACAAUUGACGAUGAGGUCAGCGAUGGCGACUCUUCCACAGAUGUGUUUUCGGAAAGACUAACCGAGAAACCAGAAAAAAAUACUCCUACUGAAUGGAAUGUCGAACCCAAAAUAAAAGAAGAAACAACCGAAACGCCAUUAGAUUUGGGCAAAAGAAGCCCUGACGUAAAUGCAAAUGAAUCCAAGCAAACUGUGACAGCGGAAAUCAAAACUAGUCUCGCACCUUUGUUCAUGAUAGACAAAAUAAAAAAGGAAAAACAAGUAUGUGAAACAGAAAGCCACGAUGAACAAGAAGAAAGACCACUUAGCUCGGUAGAAAGUAACAAAAGCGAUGAAUCUAUGGAUUCAACAAAUCCUUUACGCCAACUUGAAAGCUUGUCACAUGGCCACUUUGGCGACUUGAUGGCGAGAGGACUACACAUGCAUCAACCACCUCCAUUUCCUCACUUGGGGUUUAUGAUGGGAGGAGACCCUCCAAGUCCUACCAGAUCUCAAGCUUCUUCCGCUGGAAGCAGUAAUGGCAGGGAAUCUCCUUCGGAUGAAAACAGCCAAGGACAUUUGUAUGGGCAUUUUGAUAACGGUCAGUUCAUAAGUGGAAUGGAUGUUCCAGUAGAUAAGGAUAAUCCUAGAAGGUGCACUGCAUGUGGGAAAGUGUUCCAGAACCAUUUUGGAGUAAAAACGCAUUAUCAGAAUGUACACUUGAAGUUGAUGCACAAGUGCAAUGUCGAUGGUUGUAAUGCUGCCUUCCCUUCCAAGAGGAGUAGAGACAGACAUAGCGCUAAUUUGAACCUUCAUCGGAAGUUGCUGUCUACUUCAGACAAAACAGCAGCUAGUUUAUUCUUAGAAAAAUCGCCGUUUGCUAACCUGGCGAAUCCAGCGCUGCAUGGUGACUUUUUGACGCGGCUGUACGCAGAGGAAGCGUUGAAAUGUCAUCCAUUACCGCCUCCAAACUUAGACCAAUUGAUGAUUAAUGGUGACAGGAUACCUCAUCCUCCUCUACUUCUACCUCCACUUGGAAGUCUUCCAUUUUCUCUGGGCAACUUCAACCACUUCGGCCAAUUCAACGGUUCUUCCAUAUCAGCAACGCACAAGGAGCGCUCCUCAACCUCCAGUUCUCCGAUCUCAGAAACGCCUCCACCUAGUACGGUGUCUCCAGGACCAUUCAGGUACAUCCACUGCGUGGAAGAGGACCUGCCGACUCCGGACAAAGAGGGCAACCUCCCCUGCCGACUGUGCAGGACCGCGUUCAGUACGAGUGCCCAGCUGAAGGAACAUUGCGAGAAACAGCACAUACCUGAAAUGUUCAAAUGUACGGUGAGCGGAUGCCCAAAAGUGUUCGUGUCGAGAACGAGAAGAAACAUUCACUCCGAUAACGAGACUUUGCAUGCAACUACAAGUAGUACUGGUUCCACCAAGGGAGCAAACGUUGAAGUAUCGUGACCUUCGAGGGGAUUUCGAGCGAUCAGUGCGUUACCCUCGUGGUAGUGAUAACCAUACUUAUCAAUAGAAGCCGGACCUGGAGUCUUAUAGUCCAGUCAGGUAAGAUAGAAAUAUAUCUUUGCAGCAAAAUUACUUUUAUUUUUACUUAAUAUCGUCUAUGAGAUAAAUUCAUUAAAGUUAUGAAAACUAUGCCUUUUCGAAUUAUGGAAAUUGUCGCUACUUUUCAAAUACAUAACUGUCAAUAUCAGGCAUUUUCCAUGAAUCUUGGUAUAGUUUCAUAAUUUAUUUAAAAUAGUAUAGGCCUAGUGGAAUGUAAAUAAAUAACAGAGCACAUUUCAUCAGGCACAAUUAUUGUAACUCGUCAUCAAUUUUGCUAUUCAAGAUUUUUCUAUCCGACUUGACUGGACUAUCAAGAAUUAGGAUCCGGAAUCUACUUAUCAAAAUAGUUUAUCGUCAAAGGUAAUUUUUUAUUGAGUGUAAUAAGAAAUAUCUAUCUGCAAGAGCUUCAAAAUUGCUUAUUUCAAUUCUAUACAGGGUACACAGUCUAAACAACUAUAGAGGUGAUUUUAAGAUGGAGUUUAUAGAAGCAUAUGUCCGAUAAUGCUACGUUCUCAAAACACAAAACUUUCUUAAAAUAACGAAAGUCUCACGAAUUUUCCAACCAAAUUUGCUAAACAUUUUCGAUUCAUCAUUUCGAUAGCACCUCUGCAACUCUUGCAGAUAUUCCUUGUUAACUCAACCAUUCCAUAUAAACUUGAUACUUAAAAACAAGGAAUUUGCAUUUUGCAUUCGGGAUGUGUGAUACUUUUUAUGAAAUCUGUAUUUAUCAUAACCCAGGAAAAUAAAGGCAACAUAGUGUAGCAGCCACAAUUACAUAAGAAACCAAAUCACUUCUAUCUAGUAGACACCCAUGCUUACAUAACGUCUUUCAGUGUUAUGGUACUCCUGAAAUUUCAAACAGUAUCUUUGUCACUAUGGUACAAGGCCAUAUAUUCUUCUCUCAAAGUGUUUGACAAAGUGACUAAGCAUAUAUCAAAUUAAUACCACCAUAGCAAAAUACGCAAUGUAAUGCUCGAUAACAGAUAAAUCCAAUUGGAAGUGCCUUCACCACAUUUCGAACAAACCAGUUGUGGUGUGGUAUGCAUGGCACAGGAUUGGACUCAGCCAAAUGGACCACUCUAAGAAUUUAUCACACACAAUUUUUGAUAACCCCUGACACAUAUUUUUUGUUUUUCUUACGCUCAAGUGUGCCUCUGUGUGUCCCUCACUACGUUUUGGCCUUUUCUAAAGCAGGAGAUAAAGGGUAUUCCAAUAUGUACUUCGAGAUUUAUAUUUUUCAACGACUUAAUAUUCUACAGGGUGAUUCACAAGUCGUGACCAAAAAUGAAACAUCAUACACAGGACAGCGUUUUAAGGGGGGUCUUCUGGUAACAUUUUUCCUCAUUAAAAAGAUACGGGGUGUUGAAGUUCAAAAAUAAAAAACAUUUAUUCUAAAUAUCUUCAAAACCGUCAACUGGAAUGGACUACAACUCGAUAUAUGGAUUUACCUAAGUAUUGGCCACAUUCAGAAGUCUUGAAAUUAACGUACACCAGUGACGGAGACGCAGGGGAUUAGUAGCAUUAUUUUUCCAAAUAAAAAUAGUACGCCACUGUUUUUCUGGAAACACGCAAUGUUUCAAAUUUUGCCUUCAACUUUCUACAAAUAAUUACUCUUAUAUUUUUUCGCAGUGCAUUGUUUUCGUAAAAAUAACAAAUUAGUAAAAACCUUUUGGGUAGGUUGGCGUCUGUUAGGAAAUCUACGCUGGUACUCCCGAGAAGCCGUUAAAGCAUUUCCAUUACAGAACCCGUACACAAACAUAAUAGCGGCGUACUCAUCAGUGCUCAGUUCCAUUUCACAAAACUCAAAAAUACACGAAAAUAUUUUUGACUUGACUUUUACAAAAAAACGGUAGUAGUAAUGAUAACAACCGUAUAAGACAUAACUUUGACAAACUAUCUUUUAAGAAACGUCAAGUAGGUAUCAAGGCUUCCUAUUUCAUUUUGAAAUGAAUUGUAUCGCGGCUCUUCAUGAUUGAUCUAAUUUGUUUUAUUUUUGUUUUUACGAAAACAGUGGCAUACUAUUUUUAUUUAAUGCCACUAAUCCCCUGUAUCUCCGCCACUGGUUCACUAUAAUUUUGAGUAAAGUCUUUUGAAUGUGAACAAUACUUAGGUUAAUCCGCGUACCAAAUUUCAGUUCAUUCCAGUUGACGGUUUUGAAGAUACUAAAAAAUUGUUAUUCAUUUUUAGACUUCAACACUCCGUAUCUUUUUAAUGAAUCCGUCGUGGAAAAAAUGUUACAUAGAAGACCCGAAAAUUUAGUUGUAAACGUUCACGCAGCCACCACGCAGGUCUGAGACCUAAGUACGUGUAAGUACAGUGGGGAUAUAGGGGAUCUAUGGGGAAGGAAGGACGUCACACGGGCUCUAGCGAGGGAACAUGUGACAUCCACAUAUUCCACCUUAGAGAUCCGCCGGGUAGUACCUCCACGCUCAACGGUCUGAGACCGUCUAUCACCCACCGACAAUGACAACAUCCAUACUGACGAGACGUAAAAACAAGCAUGAUAUUCUUACAAAACUGUUUUAUUGAAAACUAAAAUCUCGCAGCACCUAUUGGAACACCCUUGAUUUAAAUUGGAAAUAGAUUCAUUUAUGGAAUGGUUGGACUACAUGCGAACCUAAUGUUUCGAUAGCUUGAUAUCAAAUUACCGUGUAUGUGAUUAUAGAAAUCUAGAUUUUUCGAAAGCCAGUUCUACUGAUUAAUUUAUUUUAAAAUCAUAUAUUUAAACGAAAAGGUGCAUCAAAACCUUUUUUGUAUAAUAUACCUGUAUGUUGUAUUAAAUGUUAGCCAGUCUUGAAAGAAUACUCAUUUUGUAAAUAAACUAGUCUAGUGAAGCUCUAUAAGUUGUGAUUUUUUUGGCGAGAAUGCUAUAAAUGUGAAUAUUAUAUACAUUGUUUGCUCAUUUUUAUAAUCAAAAUAUACCCGCGUCGUUUAGGAUAAACAGAUUCAAAUAUAAAUAAUAUAGUUCAGGUAUGGUUACAACAGUAUUGAUUAAAUUUUUGUGGAUUGAAGCUUGACAUAACUUGACAAGAUCACAGACAGAAAACUGCUUCUCUCUGAAAAUGUACCAUUCAAUUUUUUUUCUUAAAUUUAACGAAUAUUGUUGUCACGUGAACUGUCAUAAUUUAACUGAGAUCGCAAAAAAUUGAACACGAUCUUUAAAAUAUUCAUAUCUUCUUCUAUUGAUAUUCAUGUUGCUUGAAACAAUAUAACGAUGACAGUUAUAAUGUAAUCUUCAUAAUAUUCACUAUCGGUGAUACAACUUAGGCUAGUAUCCAGUCCUCGAAUGUAUAUUAAAUGUGCAAUAACUUGUAAAUAUGCUAUUAUUGCUUAUAAAUGUAUAGGUGUAUAUAAAAAUACAUACAUAUGCUGAGUAUAGUAUAGCCAAAAUUUCGGAACAUUUUGCAGGCUCUGAAUACCUUCGUUAUAAUUUUAAAUUACAUAGAAAAUAGAAAAUGUCCUUACUCAUGAUUAGAUGGAAUAAUAUAACGGUCUAAUGAGACAAAAAGUACUUUUUUUCAAAAUCGUUAGCCAGAAAUGCCAAACUUUCAUCGCGGAUCUUUUUAACAAUGACACGACAAAAUUCUAGUACUUCCCAGUGACAUAAUGGAUACGUUCAGUUGCACCUUGAUGCUACGAACUAGCUCUGCGUGAGGGAUAUCUGAUUAUCUCUUGCUGUGGACUUAAUCUAUUUCCAACUUUUUUUGGCAGGAGAAAGCUUUUAUAACCACUCUCAGGCAGAGAUGCUCGUAACUAUAUACGACAUGUACGAAUACAUAUUCAUCCGAGCAAGUAGGGACCUACUGUUGAUUCCUAUGUUGAUCCUCCUGCACUUUAUUCAACAUCAUCUGCCUCACUGCCCUCGCAAAAUUGUCAGCAGUGAGGCUCUUGCCGAGCGUCAAUGCCAGCUGUCUUUGGUAGUCAUAGUCGAAUCAUAUCAGCAAAUUUUCCCGAAAUAAUUGUAAAGUCUGGAUUUAUUGAUGCAAGUUGCUCAAGGGUGUAUUUAAAACAUGGACGUAUAAAACGGUAUACCAAUUUUUGUGGGAAAACUUUUUAUUUGACAACGAAGAAUGAGGAAACGUGUUUUUUGAGAUUCAAUCGAAAGUGUUGACAGGCACGAAAAAACUUUUCAGAUAAGAUUUUUAGGUACUUAUGGGGGACCUACAAAAUGAGACCACACGUAAAAAGAUCCUACUAAUAGCAAAAAUGUUAUGGCCUAAAAACGAGUCAAAAUGCAGGUUUUGGAAGUUGUUGGUAAUGCGACGAUAAUUCCACUCAGCUACUUCAAAUUCUUCAAAUCUGUAGGAUUCAUACUUCUGAAGAAGAAUAACAAAAUUGGAGUAUAUUGGUCAAGUAGUUUUUUGAAAAUUUCUAAUUGUUUAUCCCAAAACACCUGGUUUCCGGCCAUCACUACUAUUUUUCAAUAGCAAAAUACACGUGCUUUCCUUGCCAAAAUGAAUCACAAACCAUUCCGAAAGAUACAUGUUUUUUAUUCGAAAAACAGAUGUUACGUUUUCAACAAAUUCAUAUAUUUCGUGUUUGUGAGUAAAUGAACAAAUGCGCUACGAUAUUCGAAAAGUAUACGUCACUAUACACAUUUUAAAACAAAGCGGAUGUGUCUAUCAUCUUUUGUUGUGAACUACUCACAACUACGAAAUGUUAGAAUUUGUUUAGAAGAAAAAACGUAACCCAUCCUUUUUGCAUAAAAAUAACAAUUAUUUUUCGAAAUGGUUUGCGAUUCAUAUCGACAAGGUAAACUAGCGUAUUUUGCUAUAAAAUGCACUUUGAACUGACCCUGUAUAUUGCUCAAUAAACUAGGACUGAUAGCCGGAAAACAGGUUUUUGGGAUACGCAAUGAGAAAUUCUCAAAAACUAAUCGACCAAUCUACUCCAAUUUUGUAGUGGAGAUUUUACAAGUCCUACGAGAAACCAUCGACGCAUUACUAAAAAGUGCCAAAACCUGCAGUUUGCCUUGAUUUUCGACCAUAACUUUUUUUCACGUGUGGUCUCAUUUUGUAUGUCUCAUAAAUUCGUAAAAAUCUUUUAUGAAAAAUUUCUUCAUUCCUGUCAGCACUUUCAAUUGAAUCCCAAAAAACACGUUUUCUCAUUCUUUGUUGUCGAAUAAAAAGUUUUCCGACAAAAAUUGGUAUACCCAUUUUAUGCGUCCAUAUUUUAAAUACCCCCUUGAAGAACUUGCAGCAAUAAAACCAGACUUUGCAAUUAUUUCGCAAACCAGGGGUAUUUUCGUCUAUGAUUAGACUAUAACCCUAACUUAUUCCAUCAAGGCCGUUUCAAGGUCAAAUCAAGACGAUGAAAACAAUUUGCUCUAGCAAAAAGGUUUGACAACAUAGUUGUAAGGUUUGUGGAGAUCAUCCAAAUGUCACCUCGACCAUGACCCUGACCAUUAGUCAAAUCAAAAUUGUCAAAGGAAACCCGUCAUGUUUCGAAGCAGAGAUCAUCUCGGGCUUAAAUGCUGUUCUAGGGCUGAAAUUUCCUGCUUUUCUAUUCGAAGUAUAAAUGUGAGGUCAUGAUAAAGGUCAUGUCCAAAGUCACAUUUGGAUUUUGUUUUGAAUACCCCCUUAAACAGCUUGCUGUAAUAAAACCAGACUUUACAAUUAUUUCGCAAACCAGGGGUAUUUUCGUCUGACAUGAUUAGACUAUCAACCCAUCUACUACAUUCGAGCAGAAGAUUAGAAGUAUCCUCCUCUCCGUGGCAAUAUACGCAGUUCGUGUACUAUAUCUUUCCUACCUCUCUUUAGGUACUUCUAGUCCAUGCAACAUGGCCAAUUGCAUCUUAUAUCUCCUGCCAUACAAUGAAAAGCGCCUCCCUUUCGUUACUUCUAGCUUCGGUGCUGUUCCUACAGUUUGGCAGGAUACCAGCCACCACGAGCGCUAACUUGCAGAAACUAGUCGCAACUGAACGUGACGAAUAUGCGAUAAUAUAGCUUUACAUUACUAUUUUUUGCUUUCUUGGUUUCCAAAUGUUAUACCUGUGGAAUUUUCUGAAGAUCUAGCUAUGCAAGUGUCAUUAAGGUACAACAAGUCUAUUCCCAUUGUUUGGAGUCCUGUGCGUAUACGAUUACAACUGUAUAUUUUAAGUGUAACAGAAACCUUUGACGUUUGAUUUUUUUGUACAAAUGUUAACUUACUGUUUCUGGAGGCUCAACGAAAUCGUCAGUACUACUAUUCAUAGAAAGUUUAAAAUCUGUUUUGAAGGAAUUAUUAUUAGUUCCAUAAGUGUCACGAGGCAACACAAAUAAAUCAGGAGCAAGUACCAAGGAAAAAUGUAACAUUCCUUCAUUUGUUUAAAAUUUCAUACCAAGUGGUCUAAAUUUAUGUCUUUAUAUCUUGCGAUGACCUGUACUACACAUCAAAUGAGUCGUAGAACAGUACAGAGAUGAUCAAUAAAGUCCAAAUUGAGUCCAGGUUUAACUGAAAACAGUAACAGUUGACUAGUACAUUUUAUCUGAGCCUUUAUAAUGUUGUUAUUUUAGUAGCAUACCGUAUUUAAUUAGUAAUGCUUCAGCUUUGGGAAUUGGUACAAAAACAUUUUAUUUAAAGACCUAAACAAAUCAUACGGAUCUGACAUAUUCAAAGUUUCAGGGCUCUAAGACACGUUAAUUCUUGGUUGAUUUAGAAUGCGAGGUGAAGCCCACAGGGUAAAUUGUGAAAAAUGCGCUGAUCAUCAAUUCAUGCUGCAUUCAAUUCUUAGUCAAUUCAGACCUCUAGUCAACAACAUAAAACGCGUACUAAAUAACAGUUUUUUCUUUCUUUGAAUACAAUAUUCUUUAAGUCUCCAGAUGCACUACAAUUUUAUUUAUUAUCAUUGUUUAAAUUAUUGAUAAAUACAUACGUUUAAUACCGUUGUAUCCCAAAUAUUUCUGUAAAUUUUACUGCUAAAUGACAACCCCCUGUGUAUACUAAAACAUGUAUUGCCUCUGGGCUUCAUUAAAUCUAUAGCUGUCGUAA